AUGUAUUCGUCUUGUUCACGUGUGAUUUCUUUCUUUCUUUCUUUCUUUCUUUCUUUCUUUCUUCAUAUUUCUUUUUUAUUCUAUAUUUAUUGCUCUUUCUUUCUCCCUUCUUUUUUCAUCCUUUCGUUCUUUCUUUCUUUCUUUCUCUUUUGCUGUAUAUUUCUUGCUCUUUCUUUCUUUCUUUCUUUCUUUCUUUCUUUUUCUUUCUUUCUUUCUCUUUUGCUGUAUAUUUUUUGCUUUUUCUUUCUUUCACUAUAUUUCUUGCUCUUUCUUUCUUUCUUUCUUUCUUUCAUUCUUUCUUUCUUUCGCUAUAUUUCUUUCUUACUCUAUAUUUCUUGCCCUUUCUUGUUCUUUCUUCUUUUUUCAUCCUUUCUUUCUUCGUUCUUAUUUUUUUGCUCUAUGUUUUUGUUCUUUCUUUCUUUCUUUCUUUGUUUACAUUCCUUGCACUUUCUUUCUUUCUUUCUUUCUUUCUUUCUUUCUUUCUUUCUUUCUUUCUUUCUUACGCUGUUUCUACAUUCUCAAAUUACCAACACCACUUGUGCCGCCAUCUUGACCCUUUUGCUGCUGCCAAUUGUGUUAAAUAAAAGUCCAUAA